CCAGUAUGUAGAGUCAUCAUCGUUGUCGUCGUCUUCUCGGUCGCGUCCCUCGCGAAACACAUCGCGGUCCCGGGACCCGCUGGCUUGGAUGGCCGCCGCCAGGCGAGGCGACGUGCCCGCGUCCCGUUCGCAAGUGCAGCAGCAGCAGCCGCCGCAGCAGCUGGACGACCUCGUCAACUUGGACUCCGCCUUGGACGACGACGAGUUCUCGGGCAGCUCGACCGCCGACAUCCUGAACUCCCCGCCUCCGCCCUACUACCGCAUCCAGGACCCUCCCAACAUCCGCUGCAAGCGCUGCCGCUCCCUCGGCGCUUCGCGGGAUCCGCCGGCCUUCUGGAGACUCGUCGGCAUCGCCGCCAUGACGGUGGGGGCCAUAGCGCUCUGCUUCCUCUUCGUCGCCUGGUACAGGGCCGACGCGGCCGUCACGACGGAGGCGACCCGCCGCGCGCCGCAGGCCAGGUCCGGACGCGAAGGAGGAGGCCCCGGCGGCCGGGGCGGGCAGUCGUGGCGCGACCGCGCAGGGUCCACGUCUCCUGGCGCCGACUGCGCCGGGUGCGUCGAGGGCAGCCGCUGCCGCCGUCUGGAGGACGGCUCGCUGGCGUGCACCAAGAGCUGCCUGGCCGAGGAGUGGCCCUGCCGGUCGGGCCUGUGCGUGUCCAAGCACUCCCGGUGCGACGGGCUCGCCGACUGCGACGACCUGAGCGACGAGACCGGCUGCCCGUGCGACGAGGACGUCAACUUCCGCUGCGGCCUGAACACGUCGUGCCUGCCGCUGGACCGGCGGUGCGACGGCCGCGCCGACUGCUGGGACAUCGCGGACGAGGUUCACUGCCCCGUCGAGGAGUGCCCGCCGGGAGACCCCAAGGCCUACCACUGCCACUCGUGGCACUGCAUCCCCUCCGAGCUUUUGUGCGACGGCCAGGACGACUGCGACGACGGUAGCGACGAAGGAGGCUGUCCCGCCGACGUGACCCCCUCCUAGGAAUGAGCGUGCUUCGCUAUGUAGCGCGAAAUAGUUUUUUUUUUUUCGGUUUGAAAAGCAGUGGGGUUGGCUUCAUCGAGGCCAUUUUCCACUUUGACCGUCUGCUUCUGCAACCGCAACUGCCGUCAUUGCUGGAAGGCUUUGACCGUGUGACGUUUCCGAUGCAAAACAUCGUUUCCCUUUCUUUCUCAGCUGUAAUUGUUCUGUUUUGUUUUUGCAUUCUUAGUGAAACACCAUGGUCUGGAUGCGACGUGGUGUAGUUCGUGAACCGGACUUGUCUUUAAAGAUUUCUUUCAAGUGUGA